AUGUCGAAUUAUUACACUCGAGUCUUCGCAAUACCAACGCGUGUUCCAGACGAUGACGAUGAAUCUUUGCCCCAACCCAAUGUGAUCUUGUCAUGCCAUGUCCAAAGCUACUGUAGUCUGUCCAAAGUACAAGGAGGAACAGGAGGCCGAAUCUGUGAACGUAGCUUUUCAUACCGAGCAGAGCAUCCGAGCACGCCGUUUGCGUCCCGUGACCACUCGCCGUCAUUGCCGUGGUGGGCAAUCGUGUCCUCCAUGAUGGAGGGCAUGCUGCUGCCCUUCCCUUUGGACCGGAUACAGUGGCUCGACAUGAACGCGGGGAAGUACGCGAGCAGGACAUGCAUGACCCCCGACGAGUUAAUGUCUGAGAUCGCGAGGGUGUUGUCCCGCGAGGUGAACGACAAGGGGCGCAAGAGGACGAAGGUGAUGGUGAGUAUGAUGCACGUGGUCACCGUCUCGGAGAGCGAGAUCCACGAGAGUCGUGAACGGCACUGCGUGAUUUGCGCGGAAGAAAUUGUGAUGGGAGACCAGCUGGUUCGGAUGCAUUGCUCUCAUGAAUUUCAUCAUGGUUGCAUCGAAGCUAGGCUGAAGAUACACCAAACAUGCCCUUUGUGUCGCUGCGAGUUGCCCGCCAAGAUGUCUUGA